CGAAUCAUCUGUCCUACCCGGACUGCUGGAAGCUGCGCCAUGUUGGCCAAGUCUCUGAUGAUUGUGAGGACAAAAAUGAUAAAAAAUACUCCCGACGAGAAGAAGAGGUAGAUCUCCGCGGGAGGUUGAAGACCGUGGCUGUUACUAUUUUCGUUUUUUCUCUCUUUUGGGGAAAAGGAGUGAGCCCGGCCGGGAUCCGCAGAGAGGCUCCGGACGGGCGAGGGAGGCUAAAAACCUCCCACCGUCCCCAUGAACAGCACCGCUGAUCCGAGCAGCGACUUUCCAUGAAAAAGGGAAAGAUUUGUGUUACUAUUUGAGCUUCGUUAUCCCGCUUCGUUGAGGGGUUUGGGGCCUGCCUCCUUCAACAAUCCACUAGGCUUGCUCCAAUGUGUGCAAGCUAAGCGACGCUUGCUUUUUUCUAUUUCUUAUUAUUAGGCAAUUGUUUUUAUGUGUUGAUGGUUGUUUUUUUACGAUGAGUUUGCCACCCAAAGUAGUCCCCAAACCCGCCGCUGUCGCUGCUAGCGGACCUGGAAGCGGCCCCUCUCCGUCGAGUCAACUGCGGGCUACCCUGACCUCCGUGUCUCUGCCGCCGGGAGCCCCGGCAGCCCCCCAGCCCGGCGCUGUACCGCAGACUCAAAUUCCCCGGGUUCCGCAAUCACUGGAUGACAGAAUCUUCUCCACACAGCCUGGCGUGGCUGCCGUCUAUAGCCUUCCCAGACAUGCUGGUCCCCCUUACAACGCUCACGACAUCACAAAGGGACACCCAAACUUGGCGGGCACUCCGCCCGGUCAUGCCCAUUCCCCGGCGCUCUCUCAGGUAUCAGUACCCACAGCUCCCCCAUAUCGCUACCCCAAGGGCUGGGAGACAGGCGGAGGGUCUCCAUAUAACCAUGGGCAGAAUGCUGGUUCAGCUCCCCUAGUGUAUUCUCCUCAGACACAGCCAAUGAAUGCACAGCCACAGAGUCGCCCGUUUGCUACGGGCCCGCGACCGACCCACCAUCAGGGAGGAUUCAGGCCCAUCCAGUUUUUCCAGAGGGCUCAGAUGCAGACAGCGAGGCCCACCAUCCCCACAAACACGCCCACCAUACGGCCCGGUUCCCAAGCUCCCACGGCGGCCGUCUACCCCACUAAUCAAGCAAUCAUGAUGACCAUGGCGCCCAUGCCGUUUCCUUCCCCACAGGCUGCACAGUACUACAUCUCACAGUAUCGACACAGCACGCCCUACGUGGCGCCUCCUCAGCAGUAUUCUGUCCAGCCCCCGGGGUCUGGCACCUUCUAUCCAGGUCCAGGACCAGGGGAGUACCCUGCCCCCUAUCAUCCCCUCAGGUAUCACGCACCCGUAUCACCGUCUGUCGCCGCCCCCGUCCCCACAGCUGGCCCACCAUACUACCCAGGGCAGACUGUGUACCCUGCCUCAUCACCCAUCAUAGUGCCUACACCACAGCAACCUCCACCAGCCAAGCGUGAGAAGAAAACAUCCUCCCAGAUUCGUAUCCGUGACCCCAAUCAGGGUGGAAGGGACAUCACUGAGGAGAUCAUGGCAGGGGGCUCAGGGAGCAGGAACUCGACGCCCCCUAUCGGUCCUCCUUCCUCUACUCCUACACCCCCUCAGCAGCAGCUGAGCAGUAGGCAAACUCCUGAACUACAGCCGCCCUCGCAGCCUCCUCAGCCGCAGCAUGCCGCUUCUGGAGGCUUUGCAUUGGACCCCCCUUUGCCCCAGCAACAGCACCCGCAGCAAGUAGUGACCACUGGGGCUCCAGGUGCCAAAUCAGGGCCAGAUGCAACCCCAAAUUUGGAGCCAUUUGACCAAAAGUCUUCCUCACCCGGGACCCUGCAUCCAGAAGCUCCUUCAGAGACGCUGGAGGCCAGCGCUCCUGUAUCAGAAACCUCUUCCACUGUUGAACCAGAGCUUGCCUUCCCCUCGACAGUCCCGCCCACAGCGGUCAAUGCCGUUGACCGUCCCUCCUCGACCUCCUCAUCCUCCUCUCCCUCUCCCUCUGGCGGGGACCACAACCAUUCUUUGGCAUCACCUCUUAUUCCCAAAACAGACAAGCCCCUCCCAGAUGUGGCCCUGCGGACUCUGACUGUCUCGCCACCGCUGGCUCCCAAGGCUGUGAACGGUCUUGCGGACAUGGAGGCCGAAGUGGACUCCCCAGCUCACGAGCCACCACCUCUCUCCUCCCCCGCUGCAGCACGUCCUCUCGCUUCUUCUCCUGCUUUCCAGGAGAAUUCCUCUUCAGAAAUGUUGCCCUCUGAUGUCAGGCCGGAGGUGCCCAUUGCAGCCGAGCUUGCUCCCAUGGCGUCUUUGGCCGUGGUGCCGGUCGCUCUGACUUCAAGUCCCGCUCCAGCUUUGCAGGUUAUGCCCCCACCCGGCCUUCCGCCUUUGGUGCAGGCCACAGCAGAGGCCGACGAGUCGAAGAAGGCCCUAGACAGUAAGGACCUGGUCUCCAGUGUGGGAGCUGAGGUGCAUAGCAGCGUGACUGAAGCGGCGUCACAGCAUAAUUCACUCACCAGGAAGAGCCCCACUACAGUAAAUCAAACCUCUUCUGUUAUACCAAAGACCUGGAGGAAACCAAAUGAAGUGAUCCACACCAGAGACACAGCUCUGAAGGAGAAUGAGGACGAGCACCGACCCGUAGAUCCGGUCGUUGUGGAUCUGGCGCUUCUGGGCGACCCAGCAACCCCACCAUCAGUCUUCACCUCCACCACUACUCCAGAUCCUGCCAGUGGCUCUGAUGCUGACAGGAAGCUGGCUGUCCCAGAGGAGAACGGUGAGAUUGAACCGGAGCCUUUAAGGAACGGGGCAGGCCACAUCUCGGAGACUGAGAGCAGUGACAGCGGAGUCUCACCCGGGGACAAAGACAACUCCACCGGGGCCUCACAGGACCUAGAAGACCUGGCAGAGCCCUGCAGGAAGCGGCAGUAUGACAGGGAUAUGCUAUUGAACUUCCAGUUCAUGCCUGCUUGUGUACAGAAGCCAGAGGGUCUCCCGCCAAUCAGUGAUGUGGUGCUCGACAAGAUGAACCAAAACAAGCUGCCUUCUCGAGUGGUGGAUCCCAGGGUGAUUUCCAGGGGACCCGAUUUCACACCCGCCUUUGCCGACUUUGGCAGACAGAUGAGCAGCGCUCGGGGCGCAAUGCUAAUGAGCAUGGGCACGCGGCGGCCUCCCCCCAGGAAGAUUAUCAUGAACAUGUCGGUGAACGACGAGAUUCAGCUGAAAAGAUCAGAGAAUGCCUGGAAGCCGGGCGCAAAGCGGGAGUGUGUUGUUGAGGACCCCGAGACACUGAAGACACAGGAACUCUUCAAAAAGGUGAGAAGCAUCUUAAACAAGCUCACGCCUCAGAAGUUCAGCCAACUAAUGAAGCAAGUGACGGACCUGACCAUCGACACAGAGGAGCGACUCAAAGGAGUCAUUGACCUGGUCUUUGAAAAGGCCAUCGAUGAGCCGAGCUUCUCUGUUGCCUACGGAAACAUGUGUCGCUGCCUUGCCGAGCUCAGAGUGCAAAUAGCAGAUAAACCGAACAACACAGUCAACUUCCGCAAACUGCUUCUACAUCGCUGCCAGAAGGAGUUUGAGAAGGACAAAGUCGAUGACGUGGUGUUUGAGAAGAAGCAGAAAGAGCUCGACUCUGCCGACUCGUCCGCAGAGCGCGAGCGGCUGCAGGAAGAGCUGGAGGAGGCCAAGGACAAGGCUCGGAGGCGAUCCAUCGGCAACAUCAAAUUCAUCGGGGAACUUUUCAAGUUGAAGAUGCUGACGGAGGUCAUCAUGCACGACUGCGUGAUCAAGCUGCUGAAGAACCACGAUGAAGAAUCUUUGGAGUGCCUGUGCAGGCUGCUCACCACCAUCGGCAAGGACCUCGACUUUGAGAAGGCCAAGCCUCGAAUGGACCAGUAUUUCAAUCAGAUGGAAAAAAUAGUGAAGGAGAGGAAGACGUCGUCUCGGAUACGCUUUAUGUUGCAGGAUGUCAUCGACCUGAGAUUGCACAACUGGGUGUCCAGAAGAGCUGAUCAGGGGCCCAAAACUAUUGAGCAGAUACAUAAGGAAGCCAAAAUUGAAGAGCAGGAGGAACAGAGAAAAGUGCACCAGCAGCUGCUCUCCAAGGAAAACAAGAGACGAGAUCUUCGAGAUCAACGAGACCAGCGCAUGUCAAGAGAAGAGACCUGGAAUAUUGUGCAUAUGACCAAGAACAGCAGGACCAUCGACCCCAGUAAGAUCCCAAAGUUUUCCAAGCCUCCAACGGAUGAGAAGAUCCAGCUCGGUCCUCGCCCUGGCACAUGGGUGAAGGGCAGCAGUGGUGGAGCUAAAGCCAGCGAUUCAGAACUAUCGCGGGGCAGCAGCAGCCUUAACCGCUACUCAGCGCUGCAGUCGACACUCUCGACUCAGCCUGCCUCGUCAACUACUCCACAGAACUCUGACUUUGACUCCAGGAGGACUCUGGGAAGCAGUCGUAGUAGCACAGUGAGAGAGCGUAGCGAGAAACCACUGAUCCCUGUAACGCCGCCACUAUCAACGUCAAAGCCUGCAUCGUUUAGCAGGGGCGACAGUUCCAAAGACCUGCGAGAUGGCCACACCCCAGAGGAGGUGCAGAAAGAGCAGGAAUAUGAGGCAACCGAGCCCCGGAGACCGAGUGUCACGGAGGACAAGCCCGAGUCGGAGCAUUGCGGUAUCCAAGAAACUGUUAAACCUGAGCUGGUGGCAUUGGCUGCAGAGGGGCCGGUCCUGUCCGAGGAGGAGAUGGCGAGGAAGUCCAAGUCCAUCGUUGACGAGUUCCUCCACAUAAAUGAUUACAAGGAGGCUGUUCAGUGCGUGGAUGAGCUGGUUUCGGGACCCCAGCUGCAUUUGUUUGUGCGUGUUGGGGUGGAGUCGACCCUGGAGCGCAGGGAGAUCACACGGGACCACAUGGGCCAGCUCUUCUUUGAGUUAGUGCAGCAGGGAAUCCUGACAAAAGACCAGUUCUACAAAGGGUUUUCUGACAUCUUGGAGCAGGCAGAUGACAUGGCCAUUGACAUUCCUCACAUCUGGCUGUACCUGGCCCAGCUGCUCAGCCCUGUGUUGAGGGAGGGGGGCAUCUCUAUGAGAGAGCUCUUCAGUGAACUAAGCAAACCCUUGCUUGCUGUGGGAAGAGCAGGAAUCCUCAUAUCUGAAAUACUGCACAUACUAUGCAAACACAUGAGCCAUAGAGCUGUGGGUUCUCUGUGGAGGGAAUCUGGCCUCAGCUGGACUGACUUCCUGCCAGAGGGAGAAGACAUCCAGGCCUUUAUCUCACAACAGAAGCUGGAGUCCAUCGUGUUGGAUGUCCCUGGGCCUGAAGCCGGUCUGUCCAAAAAGACGUUGUCUCCAGAGGAGCUGAGCCAGCAGCUGGAGAGGCUCCUGUUGGAAGACAUGGCCAGCGAUGAGCAGAUCUUUGACUGGGUGGAGGCAAACCUGGAUGAACCUCAAAUGAGCUCAUCUCCCUUCCUGAGAGCGCUGAUGACGGCCGUGUGCAAGGCGGCAGUGAAAGACGUUAGCACCAACUGUCGAGUGGACACAGCCAUCAUCCAGAGGAGGUUGCCUGUAUUACUCAAGUACCUUAACUCAGACACUGAGCGACAGCUGCAAGCACUUUAUGCACUUCAGGCGCUGAUAGUCGCCUUGGAUCAGCCUGCUAACCUACUGCGGAUGUUCUUUGACUGCCUCUACGACGAGGACGUCAUCUCGGAGGAUGCGUUCUACAUGUGGGAAUCGAGCAAAGACCCCGCAGAGCAGGAAGGCAAAGACGUCGCCCUCAAGUCUGUGACGGCCUUCUUCACUUGGCUACGGGAGGCCGAGGAGGAGUCGGAGGACAACUAAAGGGGGGGGGGGGCAAUCGCUGAACUUGACUCUGCAGCAGAACAAAUGGGCGGAACAACUUGUUUACGGCUGGAAUUCUUUUUCUGCGGUACAGUUCGGAAACAUGCCGACAUUUUCAGUUUGGAUUCCAACAGCGGAAGCACUAAAUACAUGUAUUAUACAUAGAAAAUAUUUUUGUUUUAAAUUUUAACUUACUUUUUUUUGUUACUUUUUAAGAAGAGACUUAAAAGAAGCAUAGGUUCUGGACUCUUUAAUUUAUUAUUUUUUUAAGGACUGCAAAUAUGGAUGUGAGAACCUGACAAUAGAAAUAACAAUAUAAUUAAUUAUAAUAACAAAAUAAUUGUGAAAUAAAUGGCCUCCCUGGA